GGCCCCAGGACGAGACACACGGGACUCGGGGCUGCUGUCCCUUUGGGGGUGGGGCGAAGGACGGGGCCCCUCGGGUCAGGGGCGACUCAGGGCCCGUGGGAUGGUCUCGGGGUGGUGCCCCUGCGUGCCGCUUGGGCGUCGGCAGCUACCGCCCCCGCAGAAUCCGAACAUCAACGGAAACGGGGGUCCAUUCACCGUCAGUGCCGCGACGGAUCACUCAGAAAUGGUGCAGAUGUUUUACUACGAGAACCGGGGAAAAUGCUGCAAGAAACUCCUGCGGUACAACGGAUAUCCAAACAAGAAUACCGGUCAAUUCUUGUUCCAGGUCCUGUUAUUCCCAGAGGAGGGCUGGGCGAGGAGUGCGAGCAGUUCCUACUGGACCCUGACGCCGUUCUGGUGGAGCAGAAGCCGUUGCAAGGUGGUCGAAGUGGCUGGAACGAGGAGAUACAGCACUCAGGCAAAAAUGGUCGACACUGGAACUGGGACGCUCUACAUCAUCGGAUCCUUCAAGAGAAUGACGACAGAUCCAGAUUUCAAGCUGUACCUAACGUCCAACGUCUCGUCGAGCGACUUCAACAUGGGGUACAGCAUGACCGGGACCCUGGAGAGGGGCUGCAAGAAAACGAACUCCUUCCAGAUGACGCACUUCGCUGUGAUCCGUCGACGGGACUACGAGAAGGCCUACGAGGAGCCGAACCACCCCACCUAGUGUCCGGAGACACCCACAUCGUCGGAGUGUGGGGACUACGAGCGAUAUACGUAAGAAUUAUAAGGUGUGCCCCGACGAGUUGUGACACUCGAGUAUCAAGAAGACGC